AUGACGACGUCUACACCUCCAGCGGGUGCAAGCGGCAGCCGGUUGCAGCCGCCCGCGCAUACCCACUCGGCUGUCACACCCAACACGUCUGAGACGUUCCGCAACGUCCGCCCGCUCCAGGCCGCGUUUACGAGCAAUGGACUAGUAUCGAAGCGGCGCCGUAGUGCGCUUUCGGAUGCUGCUUUUGGUGCUGGUAUCCCGUUUGGACCGCAAAGCGUCGCGCGCACCGCUUCGUACGAUACGCUGCGUGCGGCGAGUGCGCCAUCCAAAGACAUCUUCCCCAGUCACAGCAGCUUUAUGAACGCGCGACCUCUACGCGUUGUAGUCGAGACUGCGCUUGCUGAUAGGACGAAUGAGCGGAAAGCGCAGCCAGCAACGAUGCCGGAUACGCCGAUGAAGCCCACGUUUACCAUGUCGGAAGCUGCAUCGGGUGCCAAAACUCAUCGUCGCGGACGGUCCAUGGGUGGUCCAUUUCCUUCUCGUGCUCCCUUGUUUCCUACGCCCGACAAGCAGCAUGCGCAUGGGCCACGCCUAGCACCCACCACGGCGCCACGCAUACGCGUUUUGGAUGAAAACACGGCGCCGUGGACUGCGGCGCCGAAGUCGGAAGUUACACGGCGAUGCCAUUCGCGUUCCGCCAGCGAGCGACUUUCUAGUGGCCGCGCGUUAGGCUCUUUUUUGGACGAGAUCUGUUCUUUAUCGAUACCCAAGCCCGGGGACAAGCACGACGUGUUUGAAUCGCCGGCAUCACCUUCGCUUGCUGUCGCGCGCGAUGCGCCAACUCCUUUGAAGAACGACGCCGAACCGCAGGACUCGCCCAUGCCAGACGCGCCGCAAAUGCUCCCAGUCUUUUCUACGGCGAUGGCGAGCCCACCGCACGGCUUGCGCGUUUUGCCCACGAUGGAUUCGCCCAACAAUUGCUUUGCCUCUCCUUCACGCGGGGGCGAAUCCAGCGCCCAAACGCCCACCGCCUUUUCCUCUACCAUGCGGCGGAGUGCAGUGGUCAUGUUUAACGAGGUCUUUGAGACAGAACAAACUCCCAUCACGCCCACGCGCAAAGCGCACGGAAUGAAAUGGUACGAAGCGGCGCAUGCGCAUGCCCCCGAAGUUCCGUUUGGCGGCACGGCAGCGCGCAAACACAAGGCGCAGCGGCCGCGGCAUACUGAGCCAGUCGCCGCGCUCUGGACGCCGCCCGUACGUGUGCCAAAGAACGAUGCCCAGAGCGAGCCUGCUAAUGGGCGGUACCGAAUGGCGUUGAAGCAGAGCAAGUUUGAGGAGCACUAUGCCGUCGAGUCCAUCUUGGGCCACGGCGAGUUUAGUGAGGUGGUCAAGGCGCGCGACAAGGCGACCGGCCACAUUACCGCCGUCAAGCGCAUGAAGCGCCCUUUUCACGGCCCGAAAGACCGCGUGCGACACCUGGAAGAGGUCGAUGUGCUGUGCCUUUUGAAGCAACACCGCGCCCACCAGCAUUCUCCAUUCUUUGGCGCCGAAGGCGUGAUCGAUUUUUUGGACGCAUGGGAGGAAGAAGCACAUUUGUAUAUUCAAACGGAGCUUUGCCCCCUCGGCUCCCUCGCGUUUGUGCUCGCCGAGUACGGGAAACAAGUGGGCCCGCUGGACGAAGCGCGGGUCUGGAAGAUUUUGGCUGAGCUGGCCGCCGCGCUGGACUAUAUCCACAAGUGCGGUGUCCUGCACCUCGAUCUGAAACCAGCCAAUGUUCUCAUCACCGAGAUUGGCAGCCUGAAAGUCACUGACUUUGGCAUGGCUACGCGUUGGCCGCGUUGUACUGCGAGGGAAAUUCUCGCCGGUGCGCGCUUGGACACACACAAGUUUUUGCCAGAAGGCGAGAAUGGAAGCGAUCUCUCGUUUAACUCGCCGCCAUCGUCGCCGCUGCCUUGCGCAGUUGCCUCUGUUGCAGCGACGAGUCCUGCGCCGUGGGCACUGCCUGCCGCGGACCAGCAGCCGCAAGCAUUUGCCUUUACCGCCCCGCACUCCCAGAGUGAAGCAUUUGUCUUUCCCGAACGGCCGCGCCGCCGCGGAAAUCGGCAGCGCAAAAGCAGCCAAGUGCUUUUACUCGAGCGCGAAGGCGAUCGCGAAUACAUUGCCCCCGAAGUCAUUUUCGAAUCGAAGUACGGCAAGCCAGCCGAUAUCUUCAGUCUGGGCUUGAUCCUCCUGGAAGCCGCAUGCGGCGUCGAAAUUCCCGACAAUGGCGAGCCAUGGCACAAGCUGCGCUGCGACGAUUUCUCCGACGUCAAUCUCUCGCUGCUCUCCCCUGCACUCCACUCUGUGAUCACCUCCAUGCUUGCAUCCCAACCAUACAUGCGCCCGACGGCAAGUGACCUGAUGGAGCUCCCAGCGCUGGUUGCCGUCCGUGAAAUUAUGGCGCGCGGGCUCAAGGCCAGUGAGCUGGAUCAGCUCCCGGCGUUCAGCGCGCAGACAGAGAAUGGCGCGCCGUACCCAUUGCCUUCCUCCAAGUAUUACGCACCGCCGAAUCAGAUGACCGAUGCGAGCGAUCGCAUGGUUGUUCGGUUCCGCGGCGCGCUGAUCCAGGAGGAUGAGAUGCAGUUUAUGACCGAGGUUAUGCACGCUGCUGACCGGCCGAGCGAACAGGCUUCGCCGGACACCUCAACAUCACUUAUGACGGAAGAUGCGCCGGAUGCACCGGAUUGUGCUUUAGGGCACCCGUACAGGGCUUUGCUACAUGAACAGGAGCCUUGUGCGGACUAUACAUCACAUGGCAUGGAGAUUGACCGUAUCGCCCCCGUAGGCUAG